CUCACCUGCAGAGUAACAGUGUAUCUCCAGUGGAAAAGAGAGAAUCUCCAAACACCGAAAUGGAAGAACGCAGAUCCCCUAUUAAUGUUCGCCUUUUAGGAGUGAUGCACAAGGAGAAGAGCAAACUCUACAUGGCUUCUGUUCUUUGGUCAGAUCAAAGCGAGAUCAUCGUCUACAGAACGCUCGAGGAAUUCAGAACAUUGCAUAUUCAGCUUAAGAAGAAAUGUGCAGCUUCAAAUGUAGGUCCUUUUAAAAGGUCGAUCAGGAUUGUUCCUAAGUUUAAAGCUGAGAAAGUAAAGAGAGGCAUUCACAAGAACUACAGUAAGUCCCUCCUGAGGCUGAAGCCGCUGGAAGAGUACUGCACGGCACUGCUGAGCGCUCAUCCUUCUGUCUCUCAAAGCUCCGAGCUCAUCCAAUUUCUGCUUCCCAGACCAGAAGAUCUGACACCAGAAUUUUCCCAGAACAGCAUUAUGGUCAUGCCGUCGGAAGAGUCUCUGGGCAGAAGCUUUAUACCAAAAUCAGAUGCGGGUGUAACCCAGCCAUUCAUGACCCAGGUGUACCGAUGCAUCGCUGCCUAUGAGACUAAGGACACAAAGAACCGGCCUUUCAAGGUUGAGGUGGGAGAGGCUGUGGAUGUGCUCAUCAAGGACAAAGCAGGCUGGUGGUUGGUUGAGAAUGAGGCUAAAUGCCUCGCCUGGUUUCCUGCCCCAUACCUGGAGAACGCUGAGGCAGACGAUGAAGCCGUGGAUCAAGAAGUUGGAGAAAGUGCUCUCUUUGUUGCCACCAAAAGUUACAAAUCCACAAAAAUAGACGAACUGUCUGUGGAGAUUGGAUCUGUGGUUGAGGUUCUACGAAAAUCGAAUGACGGAUGGUGGUUAGCGAGGUACAACUGCAGGACUGGUUACAUCCCUGCCAUGUACCUGCAACCAUAUAUGAAUCCACAGGUGAAAAUAAUUAACGCUCAGAGGGGGCUUCAAAGUUCUUACCUAAACUUGGCUCAGCUUCAGGUCGCUCCUAGCUGUUCUCUGAUGAUCCCAGGACAUGAGCUCAGUCGUUCGCAGUGCAACCUCCUGCAGCUUCCAGGAGGCAACUUGAGUCUCAAUGAUAAGGCCAAAUCACACUCGCUGAAUGCUCUCGCAGAUGUUCACCAUGUGCCACCCACCAUCAGAGUCGAGCCAGUGGAGGACAACAGGGCCAGGAGCUUGAGCGGCAGCAGUGAAGAAAGUUUUAGCGACAGUUCCAGCUCCUCGAGCAGUAGGUCUGUCCAUGUGGACAGCCCUGAGAACAUCCGGCAGUGUAAAACGCCCCAGCCCGACCACCUGAAUCCCACCAAUGGCAGGCUCUUGCCCAGCACAUCUGAGCCCAACAUGUUCAAGUUGCCUGGGACACCCAAAAUUCCCCCCAGGCCUCAGGCGCAAGAGAUCCUCAAACGGUGCACCACUGUGACACGUAAAAACAUCUCCAGGAGCCAGAUGCUUUCUCCAUCUGGGGACAUCUACUGCCGCUGAACACAACUCUGAAAUGUUGCUCUUUUCACUAUUCCAGCUAGAUGUGGGUAACCAGACCCGUGUAAGCAUGGAUGCUUAGCUACGUGUGGUAAGCAGGAUUCAGUUUAAUGUUGCAGGUAGAGGUCAGUGUGUAGUGAAGCAGAAUACUCAUAAAAUGUUCUUUUGUUUUUCUUAUUGAACAUAGCCAAUGCAGUUGCUUUCUUUUGCUUAAUCCAUAAAUCUAGGCAGAAAGUCUUUGAACGGCAACUGCAAUCUGCUUAAUGAUGCAUGCCAUAAAUUUUGUUAUAGAUCACUUAUACUAGAAUUACUGACACAGUAGACAAGUUUAAGGGCUCUUUGGUUGUCCCCCUUAAAGCAGAGGGUUCUCAAACUUCAGCCUGAGGUCCCCCUUCCCCCCCCAAACACCACAUCCUCUUAGCGAAUAAUAAAAUGUCUAAUGCCUCCCAAUCAAACAAACAAAAAGCUUUCUCCACAGUCUGUACAUAGACAUGUAGUCCUAAAACAGACUUGUUAUGAGAGCUGCAGGCUGUGAAUUAUGAUUGGCUGGCACAUUACAAUUUAAUAGUGCUUUAUAGCAUCUGCUAUUUUUAGACAUGUACCACUCUUACAGGCUGAAGCUGUUACUGAUCAAAUUAAAAGCAACCAAGUUUGAGAUUUGCUGACUUGAAGGUUCUAUGCGGAAUCCUAUCAAAAUGAUUACCCAGUGAGUGAAAUGUGCCAUCUCUAAUAUAUAUAUAUAUAUAUA